CGCAGGAGCGUUUCCAAAUCAAGUGGAUACGGAUCCGUGAAUCAGAGGAGUGACACAACAUCACAGUCAAGUCUGCCAGCGGGCAAAGUCAGAUUCUGGGAUACGUUUGAAAUGGAUGGGCCUUCGGACAAACGUAGAGGAAUGAAAAACUACGUCAGAAUAAUACGUGCUCUAAAGCUGUUGGCGUUCAUUGUGUUAAAUCUGUCUUUACUACUGUGUACAGUGAGUCAGAGACUAGCUUUGCUAUCGCUCAUCCCUCCAGGUAAGAGACAUCGAUGUCACCAAAAUGAAGCGUUAUCUCCGGUUGAGAUACUCAGUCGGAGGAUGCUCCUAUGCUGUGGAAUUUGUUUUCCAUACCUGUUCAUAUUUCUUACUGGACUCUGGAGAUUUAACUUUGGAAAGACGAAGCACCCCUCGCUUUUUUUCAUCGUAAAGGUAGUGGUUUUGGAAACAAUACCAACGGUUGGGAUAGCAUUUUUGGUUUAUCGGAUUCUACCUAACCUCGAUCUCAUCGCUGGGACAGCUAUUCUUAACGCAUGCUGCCUGCUUCCCGGUGUAGUAAACCUGAUGUCCUGGUUCAGGGGCAUGGAUAAAGAUCCUGAACAAGAAGCAAUGACAUCGCUACAGAUAUUGAGGUCACGGAUACUGGACGGAUUUGGGUUACUCUUACAAAUUGGGUCAAUACCGUAUAUAGUUCUAGCAGAUGUAUAUACAUACGAUACAACUAUGGAAAAGAUAGGCGUCGUGCUAUGUUUAGCAGCAUGUUCAUGGGUGUGUUGGGAAAACGUUUUUAAAGAUUUUAAAUGUUUGAAUAAAUUUAGAAUCAAAGACAAACAGAGACCAGUUCUUAUGAUGGUAUCAUCACUGAUCAAAAUUAGUGUUAUGUUUGGAAUUGGUAUUUCGGGGUCAUAUUCAGAUUUUGAUAAAUACAUAUACAUCUUACCAAAAGCAUUUGACAAACUUUGGUUUGAUUAUAUGUUAGUAGAUAGGUAUUUUUUAGUUUUUAUCUUCUCGUCUUUCAUCGGAUAUCAUGUUGCAUACACUGCAUGUAAAUUGAAUAUGCAAAUAUUUUCGUUCUCGCUACCAUUAAUGGCAACAACUCCCGUUACACUAAUAGUUCACUACCUCAACUUCCAAAAUAAAGUCCCUAUAGUUGAUCUUAAACGCUUAAACACCUAUUGUGAGUUUCCGUCGAACUGGCAAGUCUGUGCAUCAUUUGCCUGGGUACUGUCCCUAUACUUGAUCGGAAGGCAUAUUUGGACCCCACACCAAGAGCGAAUGGCGAAAUUAGAAGCUUUGUUUGUCGCUCCAAAAUAUUGUGGCGUUCUGUUCGAACAACAGUUGGUACUGAAUAGACGGUCAAAUGAACACAAGAUUAGUAAGAAUCCUAAAAGUGCCAAUGAGCCGAGUAAUAUACCAUUGGACCAAGUUCAAAGUGAAAUACCUUCUUCCAAGCAACCUAAGGAAUCACCGCCAGACAUCUACGCAUGCGCAACAUUAUGGCAUGAGACCCCAAUGGAAAUGACGCAACUGAUGAAAUCUCUUUUUGUGAUGGACAUGGAUUUUACCACCAGAAAAGCAGCCUCCACCAAAGAGCCAUCUAUAGAAACAUAUGAGUUUGAAAGUCACAUCUUGUUUGACGAUGCUUUCGAAAACGACAAAAAAGACAGGAGGGUGCCAAAUAAGUUUGUGAAACAGUUUGUGGAGCUGUUACCGGACGCUGCUAGCGCUGCUCACAAAACCAAAAUAGAAAUUGAUGACCCAGUGAAGAUAGUGACGCCGUACGGGGGGCAGAUUGUGUACCAAUUGCCUGGCAGUUCUCUCCUGUAUAUUCAUCUCAAAGACAAAAAUGUCAUACGUCACAGGAAAAGGUGGUCUCAGGUGAUGUACAUGUACUACCUCCUUGGUUAUCGCAUCGGGCUGAAUGCAGAUAUUUCCACCAAAGAUCAGGGCGACAAAGAAACAGCUCAAUUUAAAUCUGAAAAGGCUCAAAACACGUACAUCCUGGCCCUGGACGGUGACGUGGACUUUGCACCGGACGCCGUACGCAUGCUGCUGGACAAGAUGAGGAAAAACCACAAAGUGGGCGCCUCGUGUGGCAGAAUUUACCCCAUUGGCAAUGGCCCCAUGGUUUGGUAUCAAAAGUUUGAGUAUGCAGUAGCUCACUGGCUUCAAAAAUCUACCGAACACAUCUUAGGGUGUGUCCUGUGCAGCCCAGGAUGUUUCAGCUUGUUCAGGGGAUCUGCACUCAUGGACGAUAAUGUCAUGCGAAAAUACGCCAUACUCCCAUCAGAGGCGAUCCAUCAUCUCAUGUACGACCAGGGUGAAGACCGUUGGCUGUGCACGCUACUUCUGAAACAAGGCUACCGUGUUGACUAUGCCGCAGCCGCAGAUGCCUACACAUAUGCCCCGGAAGGUUUUGAUGAGUUCUUUAACCAGCGGAGAAGAUGGAUGCCCUCCACUAUGGCUAACAUCAUGGACAUGUUACAGGACGCAGAUGCAACUGUGAAGCGGAAUGACAAUAUUAGCCGUCUGUAUGUUUUUUAUCAGGGAACGCUGAUGCUUUCCACGAUGAUCGGACCAGCAACAGUGCUGAUGAUGAUUGCCGGCGCCAUCCUUACCGUGUUCAGUGUUGACCUGUUGCAAUCCUAUCUAAUAUCGUGUUUACCAGCAACAUUUUUCUUCUUCCUUUGCUUCUGGGUUCCGCAGAAGUUUCAGUUAUUUCUGGCAAAACUCCUCAGUGCAUUUUAUAUGCUGAUUAUGACUGUUGUACUUGUGGGAUGCAUAGUGACUGCAGUAGAAGAAAAUCCAUUUCAUCCAAGCGUGAUAUUUCUUGUAGGAUUAGUGUUAAUCUUCGUAUUUACUGGCGUUCUCCAUCCAAUGGAUAUAGGGUGUCUGCUGUUUGGCACACUAUAUUUUAUCGGACUACCAAUGGGAUUCCUGCUCCUGGUCAUUUACUCUCUGUGCAAUCUGCAUGUAGUAUCCUGGGGCACACGUGAGGUCAGCGUUGUCAACAAGUCGAAGAAAGAAUUAGAAGAAGAAGCUGAACAGGUAAGACAGGCUGAGCAGGAAAAGAGUAACUCAUUCUUCGCGCGGUUCUUCCCGAGUGCUCAACUGCGGGAACUAUUUUCAUUUCUCGAUGAAUGGCGUCAGAAAAAGAACAAGGCAGACGAAACAGCCAAACUAGUGAGAGAAUUGAGUUCAAAGUUUGAUGAUUUACUGAAUUCGCUGAACACUAAAACUGAUAGUGCUCGCGCUUCGUCACCAACCACUGGUAAUGUGAACAGUCACAACUAUGGCAAUGAGGAAAACCGAGAUAAUGGGUGUCCAAAGAGUGACGACAAUACCGAGAGCCAUGAUGCCCAACAUAAGCAGAACACCCCAUAUUGGACAAAACUUCAAUGGCUGGAUAGAUAUCAAAAUGAUAUUAUGGCAUUACAUCAACAUGAAGAAGAGUUCUGGAAGGAGUUCAUUGAGAAUGUCGGCGGAGUAGGAUCAGGACCAACUUCCGUGUAUAGGACAAUAAAGUACCUGGCACCGUUAGAUACCAACAUUAAGAUACAGAAGGAAACACAUGAAAAGCUGCUUGACCUACGCAACGGGGUGUGUGGUGGUAUAGCUGUUAUCAAUGUGGUAUGGAUGGCAGUCAACUUCAUGUUUCAGCUCCGUGGUCCUGGGCUGGUGUCCAUUCCUAUUCCAUCACUAUGGGGUGGAGAGGAUCAACGCCUGGAAUACCUCAAAGUUGAUGUACUCGGACUAUCCUUUGUCAUAUUCUUCAUGAUUCUUCUACUCAUACAGUUCUGUGGAAUGAUCAUGCAUCGUUGGGGUACACUGCUACACUUGUUAGCAUUUACUGAAUUAAGGUCGCCGUGGGGCAAAACAACAUUAGAGGAAAACAGGGAGCAAUUCUUAACCAGAUUAAAAGAGAGAUAUGAAGAAAAAAUGCUUAGCAAUAAUGACAACUUCCAAGAUCAUAAUGACAACAUGAGAAAAACAAAACACAAAGAAUUAAAAAAGCUGAUCAGACAUAUUCAGGAAAAGGGGACAAAACCAAUUGCUACACAAAAUGAAAGCAUGCUUCAAUUGGCCGCAGACAUUCACGCACACGGUGAAACUAGACGUUAUACGAGAAGAUUGCAAACCAAACCGGAAGUUGGAACCUUUAAUUAUCACCUUCAAAGGACGAUCACUGGUGUCCGGAAACGGCAACGUCCACAUAUUCCACUUGGCAGUAUAGAUAUACCAGAUGUAGAUUAUUGA